GGAAAGCAUGCGCGCGGAGAGGAAGUCAUGUGACAGCAGAGCCGGCCAAUGAGAAAGCGGCUCAGCCCCCCUUUUCGGUGGGGGAGACUUGCUUCGGAAGGCGAGGGAGGCCGCUGCUCAGACUCGGCCGGGGCAGGAUGGCUCCCGCGCGGUAUUGCGUCCCUGGUGGGUGACUGGGAAAGCCGGGGCGGGAGGAGGGAGGCGUCCUGGCUGGGUGCAAAAACGAGGUCGCGCUAUUGAAGUUCUUCUUCUUUGGUGAUCACUCGUAGCCGAGUGUGAUUGUCUUCCAUGAACACGGUUUUAACAGUGAGUCCGUAAGUGACUGUGGAGGCCAAUUCUGGAUCCGCACGUCCUUCCACAGUGGGGACAUUGGUUUCCGGACGGGAGUUGAUACGGUGAGGGUUUGCCAAGCGUGCCUUCCUCUUAGCAAGUUUCUCCCUUGCGUUCUGAGUUCGAGUGUCUUCAAAGCCCAUGACGCCUUUGGUAAAGGCUGUUCUCCAAUUGAAGCGCUGGCAGGAAAGUGUUUCCCAGUUGUCCAUCUUUCCCAUAGGGCUUAGUGGUGCAUUGUGCCAGGGUGCCGGCCUCUUGGGUGCCCCAGCGAGUUGGGGAGCUGUGCGGCUUUGCCAGCGGCCUCCCCUUUCCCUGCACGCCUGACGGCUACACCCCGCCAACCAUAUGGCUGGCGGGCGUGCAGCCUGCUUCCCGAACCUCAGCGGGAGGAGAGCGAUCCCUGCAGAGGCUUAGGAUGGAAGCUGUGCCCCGCCAACCAUAUGGCUGACGGGUGCACAGCUUCCCUCCCAAGCCUCUGUGGGGAUUGCUCUCUUGCAGCAGCUUGGGGGAGAGUUGCGCUCCCCCCCCCCAUGGCUGGCAGUGCUCAGCUUCGCCUGCCCCCCAUCAGUGGUAAUGUGGGGGCGCUGGGCAGAUAUUUGCACCCCGGGUGUUUAUACUACAUUUUUAAAGAUUUGCCUUGAGAGAGUCUUUAAACCUCUUUUGUUGACCACCAGCAUUAUGCUUUCCAUUUUUAAGUUUGCAAUAGAGCAGUUGCUUUGGAAGAUAAUCAGGCAUCCGAACAACAUGACCAGUCCAACGAAGUUGAUGUUGAAGAAUCAUUGCUUCGACACUGGUGAUCUUUGCUUCUUCCAGUACACUGGCAUUAGUUCGCCUGUCUUCUCAAAUGAUGUGUAACAAUUUUCAGAGACACCAUUGAUGGAAUCUUUCGAGGAGUUGGAGAUGGCGUUUAUAAGUGGUCCAUGUUUAUAACUCCAGAUAGCUCAAUGGGAGAGGUAUCAGGACAGUCCGUGUUCAGGAUGGCAACAGUGGCAAACUGCAACGCAGUUGUGCAGCCGGGUAAUAUUAGGAUUUGUGCCUCCUCUCCCUCCUGCCCCCUUUUUAAACCAUAGGAAAGUUUUUAAUGUUUGAUACACACCUGUUAACAGCAUGAUGAGAGUCAAUAAAUAGGGCUGGGGGUACAUGAAUUGGUCCUGCUUUUCACUAUGACAGCUUCUCCUGCUGUGUCUAUUACUGUCUGAAAGGACAGUCAACUCUAGGCAAUGAGAUGUCUGACUUGCGUUCUGUCCUGCAGGAGAGAGACUCUGCAGCUUAGAGGAAGGAACCCCUGGAAGCGGCACCUACACCCGUCAUGGUUCGAUCUAUGCCUCCCUGGCUGGUUGUCUCAUGAAGAAAAGUGAGAAUGGCAUGGUGAGAUUGAAGCAACCUCUGGGCAACAGUAUGAGGGGGUGGUGUAGUGGGAAUUGCAAGGACUGAAUGCUUUGAUGUGAGCAGUGCUAGUUCAUAGUGUAGGACCAAGAGAGGAACCAAGUUGGGGAGGUGGGGAGUGCAUAACUGUGACCUUGGAUGAGUCAACAUAGCUCAGUUGGUUAGAGCAUGGUCUGAUAAUGGCAAAGUUACAGGUUCAAUCUCCAUAUGGGACAGCUGCAUAUUCCUGCAUUGCAGUGGGUUGGACUAGAUGAUCCUCAGGGUCUUUUCCAACUCUACAGUAUGAUUCUGUGAAUAGCUGUGGAGCUGUUCUGGGUCUCACAGAUUCUUGACUGGAGGUGGGUCUGUGCAAGAAGGCGGGUGAGCUUCAUGUCAUGUGAACUGGAUGGUGCAUAAUCAUGACACUCUAUAAAGCCUGAAAUGUAUCCUGUGGCACCUGUAGUGAUUAGAUGCCUACAUUUAUGUUUUCCUGUGAAUCGCCCUGAGACCUGUGGAUAUAGGGCGAUAUACAAAUUUAAUAAAUAUUAACAACAACAACAAGUGUAUGAUCAGCUGGUAAUCCAGAAGAAGUGUUGAGACAUGGUUAUCUUAUAGUGUCAUCCUAACACUUGUAAGUCAGUAGUUUUCAACCAUGAGUCCCCCAGAUUUGUUGAACUACACCUAUUAUCCCUGGCCAUUGGCUAAACUGGAUGGGGUUGAUGGGAGUUUUAGUCCAUCCACACCUGAGGACCUGUGGUUGAUGAGCACUGCUCUAAAGCAAUGCGUCAAAUCAUUACUAGUCUUCUUUGCUUCUCUUUAGCUCCCAGUGGUUUCUGUGAUGAGGGACGUGGAAUCUCAGCUUCUUCCUGAUGUGGGAGCUACAGUGACGUGCAAGGUAACCUCAUUUCUAUCUUGGCACAGUAGAAUUGUCUUUCAUUCAUCUACUGGUGGGCCAAGGAAAGCAACAGGUUUGGCUGUGAACCAGAUAUAGAAGCUGUUUGCCACAAGCCUGACAAUUGCAGCUGAGCAAUGCUUUCUACAUCUUUUUAUGUGGUGUCUGAUUAGGGCCUGAGAGACCAGGGUUCAAAUCCCUACUCAGGCAUGAAGUUCACUGGGUGAUCUUGAGCUAGUCACCAACUCUUCGCCUCCCUUAUCUCACUGGGUUGUUAUGAGGAUAAUAUGGAGAGGAGAAUCAUGUUUGCCACCUUGACUAGCUUUGCAGGGAAAUGUGGGAUAUAAAUGUCUUGAUAUAUAAUAAAAUGGCAUGGAUGUUUUCACACAGCAGUUUGCUUGGCUUGUGGCACUGCAAACUACAGUGUGACAACAGACUUCUGAGAGCUACUUGCCCAUCACAGCAGUGUUGGGAGAUGAGACAAAGCUGGUAGGAGGAGAGAGAUGGAGGCAGGUGUCUGGCCCAGUCGAACCAUGGAAGAAUGGCCAGGAAGGGCUAGGCAGCAGCCCAGCAACCAUCCUGCUCUGCUGCUGCCUGUCUCUCCAGUAACACCAUUUCGGCCUUAGCAACAUCAGAGGAUAAGAGAAUUGGAGGCGGGGAAGCCUAGGUGAGCUGAGGGCAAACUAAUGGGAGCAGGUAGUGGUGGUUUGAUGUGCUCUAAUGGGAGGGGUUGACUUGGUGAGGCAUAAGAGGAGGGGGGUUGACAAGUGGGUGGGUGCAGCUGGCAAGUGCAGUGAGCAGGAGCUCAGCCCCUAGUAAUAAAUAUCAGGGCUCUUGGUCUGUUCAGCCCCCGAAUACCAGAAGCCCAAGUUCCUUCAUUAGCGAGUCCAGUAUAAACCUUGCAAGCAUUGCUCUCGCCAGAACAGUGUUGUUGAUGGAAAGGAAGAAACACGUACUUCAUCUCAAAAACUAGCUUUCAUUUUUUUUCUCCACAGAGCAGAAAGCAUCAUCAACUGCAAUCCUAAAAUUACUUUUGUUACUUAGAAAAGUGGGAGGGGGAAUUGGUGAGGCAUUGAAGUUACUGUUCCCUGUGAUUACAGUGGUACCUCAGGUUACAGAUGCUACAGAUUACAUAUGCUUCAGGUUACAGACUCCGCUAACCCAGAAAUAGUGCUUCAGGUUAAGAACUUUGCUUCAGGAUGAGAACAGAAAUCGUGCUCCGGCGGUGCAGCAGCAGCAGGAGGCCCCAUUAGCUAAAGUGGUGCUUCAGGUUAAGAACAGUUUCAGGUUAAGAACGGACCUCCGGAACGAAUUAAGUACUUAACCCGAGGUACCACUGUACUCUGUUCGAUUUGUUUAAUCUGAAAUUCAGUUAUGGUUUUCUCUCCCCUUUUUCCCACCCCCAAUAUUCCCACCCAGGUUUGCAGCAUUAACUCUCGUUUUGCCAAGGUGCACAUCUUGUAUGUCGGCUCUACACCAUUAAAAUCCCCAUUCCGUGGAACUAUCCGGUAGGAAGACAACUUUCUUGUGGGGGCUUCUUCUGAGGUGUUGGAUGUCUGCACUUUUAGAGAGGAGAGAAGGCCAACCAUUAUAAAUAUUUUGUUUUACUCUCAUCAUUAGCACUUGAGUGCUAGUGGGAAUUGUUUUAUUAUAUUUAUGUUCCUUUCAUUUAUAUAAUUUUGUUGUGGAACCCAAGGCAGUGUUUGGAUCCCUGGCAGUCAUCCAUCUAGGUACUAGCAAGACCCAGAUCUACUUCAUUCAGUAAGGUGCUUGGCCUCAUGUUCAGACUUUUUGGUUUUUCAACUAAACUAGCUAACCCUUCCUCCAAAGGCUGCUUCUUCUUUGGCAAUCGCUCAUAGCCAAGUCAGUAUAGUCAGUUUUCUUUUAGGGGAGGGAGAGGAGGACUAUGGUGAACUCUUACAUUCUUUUCUCCUGCUGCAGGAGAGAAGAUGUCAGAGCUACAGAGAAAGACAAGGUCAGUGGAAUAAACAUUUUGGUUACAUGUGAUGGGAAUAGGUAGUAUACCUAAUGCGCAUAGCCAGGAGCAUUUCUUCCUGGCACGAAUACAUACAUGUGUGUGAUGGACUAGGACAUGGGAGACUUUGAAGCCCACUGGGUGACCUUGGGCUAGUCACCAUCUCUCUGCCUAACCUACCUCACAGGGUUGCCGUGAAGACAGUAUUGAGAGGGGGACAAGUGGGUUUGCCACCUUGAGCUCACUGGAGAAAACCGUGUGAUAAAAAAAUAAUAAAAUCACUACUGCUCUUGGGGAAACUUACCUGAGGAAAAGCAAAACCUUGUGGGGGCAAGAGGACAUUUAGCAAUGCCUCUUUUUGUACAUUUGUUGAAGAAAAGGCUUGUGAUUUCUGGAUAAAGGACAUCUUAGCACAAGAUCUGAUGGAUGUCCUCUUCAUGUUCAAAUCGGCCAUGUUUCACUGCACACUUUCCCUCGAAGUUGUCUCAGUAUUUUGCUUUUCACACUUUCUCUUUCCUUCCCACCUCAUGCAUGGUGACAGGUAGAGGUUUACAAGAGUUUCCGCCCAGGAGAUAUUGUUUUGGCCAAAGUUGUAUCCUUUUCUUGUGUCUGCCUUUAUGUGCUGUGUAUGUAUGUGCUAGCGGGAAGAGAAAUCUUUAGGCAUUGCACCUUAACUCAACCUGUGGGGCUAGAUCUCUCUGGGUGAUGCACAGUCCAACUAUUUGCUGACAACAGCGGAAAAUGAGCUGGGGGUAGUGGUGGCUCACAGUGAAGCAGGUAAGACCAGUCUUGUUCCAAGCCGGUUGUACAUAAUGCUGAAAUCUACUGAACAUGCCAACAUAUUCUGGACCGCUUAAAUGUAUGGUUAAGGAAGAAGCCUUAGUAACAUCACUACUGAGGGAAGACAUUCUGUAAUAUAGAAUAUCCACUUAGGUGUUAUUCUACCAUAACUGUGUAAAGUGAAAAGGGCAGUUUAUGGAUGCAGUAACUAAAUUUCAGAGAGCCAGGUAGUGGUAUUUUAUUUUAUUUAUAUACCACCCUAUAUCUGGGGGUCUCAGUGUGGUCGCAAGGCACCUUUAAUGAGUGGAGGAAUCUUUCUUUCCCUGGGAAGGGUGUCUGUGUAACUAUGGAUGUUCUGAUUUCAGGAGUACAGAUGGUGCCAAUCAGCUGGUGUGAAAUGCAGUGCCCCAGUACACAUAGCAAGGAACUGCGCAAGGUAGCCAGAGUACAGCCCCAGUUUCUGCAGACGUAGUGACUGGUGUAUGCCCAAAGAUGCACAGCAAGUACAUGAAAGGCUUUGCUGCAGCUUGCAAGCUUAGAGGGGCAUGGAAGCAGCCUCCUUUGCUGUUGCUGUGAAUGGACCUUAUGAGUGUGCAAAACAGAGCUGGGCUACUUUGGCUUCUAGAAUGGUCUGAGAAAGAAAAGUUGAUGACAACUCCGGAUUCCUCUUACUGUUUUAUAAACCAACCAACUCUUACCUGUUGUCCCUGUCUUUUCUGCCUGAUUUUAAUCUUAACACCUGGUAAAGGACAAAUAAAACUGUCUUCCAUUCUUCCUUUCUGAGCCAUAAGCAGUACUGUUUUUUAUUUUUAAUAAAUACCACCUAUAGGCAGUAUAAAAGCUUUUCUCUAGAGGUGGUUAACUUCCUCCUUUGAACUUGGAUACAUUCAGUCCUGGGACGCGGGUGGCGCUGUGGUCUAAACCACUGAGCCGAAGGCUUGCCGAUCGGAAGGUCAGCAGUUCGAAUCCCCGUGACAGAGUGAGCUCCCGUUGCUCAGUCCCAGCUCCUGCCCACCUAGCAGUUCAAAAGCACGUCAAAGUGCAAGUAGAUAAACAGGUACUGCUCCAGCGGGAAGAUAAAUGUGUGCUGCUCUGGUUUGCCAGAAGCGGCUUAGUCAUGCUGGCCACAUGACCCAGAAGCUGUACGCCAGCUCCCUCGGCCAAUAAAGCCCAGAGUAGUCCACGACUGGACUUAACGGUCAGGGGCCCCUUUACCUUUUUUACAUUCAGUCCUAGAUAGUUUGAUCUAGUGAACCCCCUGCCCUUGUUGGAGGAUAUGUUAUUGGAGAAGCAAGGGUAGUGAUUAGGUGUGCAGGAUCCCAGGCAGUGCCCAAGUUCUGAAGUAGAUAGCUCCAAGGCACUCGAGGGGGAGAACCAAAGGAAUGAAUGCCUACUCACAAACAAAGGAAAUUUGAUAUUGUUCCUAUCUAAACAUUAAUGUUUGAAUGUAAGUAAACCAGGAUUGACCUUUGUGUUCCCUCCUAUUACUCUUGUGUUCACAUUUUCUGUAUACAGUACUGGCUUAUGUUCAGUAUCCACAGUAUUGAAAUGUUUUGACAUUCCCAUGUAAACUAGUAGCCAAAUCU